CUGUAAGCACAUGGGUCCUCCAGACAGCCCUGUGGGACAUGCAGCCUUGCAUACGGUCACAUCCUUUGUGCUUAGAUAAGGGGCGCAUUAGAGAGAAGUAAUACUCUCCGAUUUAGAUGUUCAUGCCUGCAGCCAGUGAGCUCAUUUUGCAAAGAGAAAACUGGCCGCAAUGUUACAUCCAAGAGCCAGAAGACCAAGCCUGUAUCCAAAUUUCAAAGUUGGUGAACUAGGAUAUUCCUCCAUAGAACCUGUAUGCAGCCCACUUCCGUUCGUGAAGGACAGCUGGAUCAAACAGUGGGGCUCUGUGAAUGACAUAGAAGAAGAUAUUUAUGAUCUAUAUGCUGGUGAGGAUGAGGACGAUGAGGUGUUCAUACUACCAGUGUCUUCAACACCAGUCAGGAACUGCAUGCUGAACAUCAACGUUGGUGGCAAGUCCUAUCAGAUCGCGCAUGGGGUUGUUGCCAGGUAUCCGAAGACUAGACUUGGCAAGCUCGCCACCUACACAGACCCCAUCAAGAAGCUGGACCUCUGUGAUGAUUACAUUGUUAAAAGUAACGAGUAUUUUUUCGACCGGGACCCAGACGUAUUCAACAGCAUCUCCAAUUUCUACAGGACUGGAGUGCUCUGGAUUAAAGAUGAGCUGUGUCCUCGAAACUUUCUGGAGGAAAUCAACUACUGGGGCAUUCGUAUCAAGAACUCCCAUCGCUGCUGCCGCAUCAUGUUUGAGGAAAGACAUGAUGAGCUGGAUGAGGAGUUGAAAAUCCAGAAGGAGCUACUGGCUGAGAUGGAUGCUGAGGAAAAUGAAGAGGUAUUUCGGGGUAUGAUAAUGGGGUCCACACGGCGAAAGGUCUGGAAUAUAAUGGAGAAACCUUUCUCUUCAGUGCCUGCCAAACUCAUUGCAGUGGCCUCAGGUAUGUUUGUGUUGAUGUCACUGGUUGCAAUGACACUGAGCUCUGUGGAGGAGAUGCAGUACAGGAGUGCAACAGGCCAACUAAGUGGGAAAACUCAUUGUGAAUAUGUUGAGAGUGUCUGCCUUGCCUUUUUCACUAUGGAAUAUCUUCUGCGGCUAGUGUCAACACCAGACCUGAAAUGGUUUGCAAAAAGUAUACUUAACACGGUGGAUUUGAUCGCCAUUUUACCACAUUACCUGCAAAUGGUUCUGGAAUGCUUUGACAGCGAGGACUUGGCCAAACCUGGCAGUGACCUGAAGACAAUGGGCCAAGUGGACAAGUUAGGUCAGCUUCUGCGUAUUAUGCGGCUAAUGCGCAUCUUCAGGGUUCUCAAACUUGCUCGUCACUCAACAGGGCUGCGAGCUUUUGGCUUCACUCUGAGGCAGUGCUACCAGCAGGUUGGGUGCCUUCUCCUCUUUAUCGCCAUGGGCAUCUUUACCUUCUCUGCUAUGGUCUACUCCGUUGAGCAUGACGUCCCUCAUACUAACUUCACUAGCAUUCCACAUGCAUGGUGGUGGGCUGCAGUUAGUAUUUCAACAGUAGGGUAUGGAGAUAUAUACCCAGAGACUCUGUUUGGACGGAUCUUUGCUUUUGGUUGCAUUUCUUUAGGAAUAAUCUUGAAUGGUAUGCCGAUAUCUAUGCUCUUCAACAAGUUCUCAGACUACUAUUCAAAGCUCAAGUCCCACGAAUACACCACAAAUGUAAGGAACAGAGGGAAACUGAGGUUUGUCAAAAGGGCAAGACGAGGAAUGACAAGAAUCUGCAAGAACAGCAUUUCCUAUAACACCAACUAAGACUCAGCCUUAAAAAACUUAUAUUAAAGAACUCUGACUGAAUAUAUUAUGCUGCUGCAUAUUUUACUGAAAUACAGUCUUACACUCUUACAAGCCUGCAUAUUUGGUUGCCAACUGAAAGAACUUAUGCUAAUAUACUGUUGUAAACAGUUUGUGCAGACAAGAAGUUGAUGAUCAUUUUAACUUCAAUAAUUACAUGCAUUUUAAAGAUGUAUAUUAUUUUUUUCUUACUUAAAAUAUAUUGUGCAAGUUAAUGUUACGUUUGUGUGACACAUAUGAGUAUUUAGGUCAUAUUGCCUUUUUCAAGUAAAAUUCAACACAUAUUUAUCACAACAUUUUGUGAAUACAUUCUGAGUUAAUAUGCCGUUAAGUAUGUGUUCUGUUUUACAAUAAAGCAAUGUUUAACUAAUUUAAUCUGGUCUGUCUCAGAUUCAAAACUCAUUUAAAACGUCUCUGUUUGAGCGACGCCAGAUAUUUCUUUCCUGCCAUCCUUGGGCUAUAUGUUCAGUCCUGCAGGUGGCACUAGCAAUUUCUAUGUAAUGCUUAAAUCAACACCACAAAAGAAGACAGCUGCUUACUGCAUUGGGCUCCAGUUGACCUCUGCCGAGCGUUGCUGGAUAGACGGUACAAUGGUUCCUCCAGUCGCAGUUUCACCACUCAUUAAGACAGCCCGGUGGUCUGCAUUAAUUGCAGGAAUCAUCUACGGAAAGAGGAGAUAUGAUCAUCUGAAGCCAAUUGCCGCAGAAGAGAGGAGGGUUGAGGAGGAGG